UUGUCACUGUCAAAUUGGUAAACAAAAUCAAAUCAACAAGUUAAAACAGGACCCAAGAAAGUAUUUCCAUUGCCAUUUACGAUAAUGGAUCAAAAUAUUAAAAAAAACACGUCCAUCACGAAAUUCGACGUUAAAGGCAGAACGCUGUAUGUUAAAGUGUUAUGGAAACACAAUAAUCAUGACUUAUUUCACAUCAAGAUUUUUGACGGCGAAGUAUCAUGGACAGGGAAAUUUACAAACGACAUUGCUAAAAAAUACAGAGAACGUUUUGAAGAAUCUGAGGAACAGUACAUUAAACAAGUGAAAAAUAAUUUGAAAGGACGUGACCAUAGUGGCUUUACAUACGAUUUUAUAGUAAAUCCGGAUGAUGAUAACACCGCUACGUUUACCUGGAAAAAGAAGUUCCAAGACUCGAUGCAUGGACUCGCACUCCUCGUCCACGGCUCAGUACAAGUGUACCGUGACACUGCCAAGGAGUCUAAAGACUUGCUACUAGACUUUUUAAUAGAAGAGAAUAAAGAACUGAGAAAUGUUAUACACGAUCUAAAUGGCAAAAACGAUGUUAUCGACUCAGAUUUGAAGAAAUGCAAAGCCGAAUUGGAAAAGUUUGUGGAUAUCAAAUCCUCUUUGGAGACAAGUCUUUAUGGGAAGUUUGUGCAGCUGCUGAAUGCUAAGAAAAGAAGAAUACAGGUUAUGGAAGGGGGCUUACGGAAAUUUUCUGAUGUUUUGGCUACUAACCAAUGACCAAUAAUAAAUUGUGAAAAUAUGAUAGAAGCAAGAAGUUCACUUGUAUCAACAUUAUCUUUCCAGUUUCCUAUCUACUUGCAUUUGUUUCUUGAACCAACUUAAAUUUUGUUAUAGACGAACUAAUUGAAAUAAACUUGUGUUAGAAAACAAUGAUGUUACCUAUAUUAAAUGUUUAUUAUGAAAUGAUAGAAAAUGGAAUAAAACCACAAAUAUAAAUA